CUGAGAGUUUUGCACACUUCAGCUGCUCUUCAGAUAUGCAAGAUGAGAGGAUACUUGCUUGGAGUACUUGUAUUUUUGAAAUACUGCAUUUGCAGUGAUGUGGUGGAUUUUGAUGGAGAUAUCAAGGACUUUGUAGUUGGUAACAGUAAGUUGUUUGUUCUUACUGAGAAUCGACUGCAUCAGAUGAGACACGAUCUUUCUAAAGAAAAGAAGAAGAAUGGCAUCAAUAAUAACACUCAUCCAGUCAACAUUCUGGUGCCUUUUGACAACAACGGCACCCUGAUUACAUGUGGGACUUAUGAAGUUGGAUACUGCGAAGUUCUUGAUAUAAAUGACAUUACAAACAGUAUUUAUUAUGAAAGUAAAUUAUUUAUAGGUCCGAAAGAAAGUGAGAAGUCUGUAGCGUUUAUUGCGGGAACAAGCAAGAGUAGAUACCUUUUGAUUGGGAAAAAGCUCGACCCGAAAAAUCCCGUUCUUAGAUUGCGGAACACUUUACAGUCUCAAUUAGGUGGUAUUUUCUCUUAUAACGAGGCAGGGUCAGAUCCUGCCAUUCAGAGCACCGCGAGAGAAGUGGAGUUUGUUGAUGGAUUCCAGAGAGAUUCGUCCUCAGAUUUGUACUUAUUUGUCAACACAAAGACUGACUCUGAGAGGAAAGUUCAUGUCCUGUGGAUGGACAGCUCUAAAAGCACAAAGAGUGAAAUCUUCAAAUCUCUUCAGUCUGCAGUGAUAAAGUGCUGCGGUGAUAAAGCUCGUCCAGUGCUGGUCUCCUCUGCUGUUAUUCCCUCAGAGAAGGCUGUUAUUUGGGCAGGAGUGUUCAGUGCACAGGAUCAGGAGGACCCAGAGAACACCGUGGUGGCUCUGUAUAAUAUCAGCCGCAUUCAAGGCAGAGUCAAAGAUUUCUGCACUCAGGGAGAAAAGACGUGUGAUUCUGAGAGUGAUAGUGAACUUCAGCCGUUCUCUGUGGUCUUGAAGUCCAGCUCAAUGUCAUCAGUAGCAGCAGUUAGAAGUGGAUCCUGGAUUUUGCUGUUCAUGGGAAACAGUGAUGGUCAACUAAUAAAGCUGGUUUUGGAUGAGAAUUACACACCAGGCUGUCCAACAGUGCUGUAUAAAUCUGAUGAUGAACGAGCAGUGUUUCCCAGAAUGCACUUUGAUCCUGUAGAUUCCAAACACAUCUACAUCGCUCUGAGGAAACAGAUAAGAAGAGUGUCUGUGGUUCGCUGUGCUAAAUACAGCACUCUGAAGGACUGCAGAUCGGCUAAGGAUCCUCUCUGUGGUUGGUGUGUGAACACGCAGAGAUGUUCCAUUCGAGAUGAAUGCUCAAAUUCUUCAUGGGUGUCCAUUCCAAAAAACUCUCUUCAGACGGAACUGCUUUCUUUUCAUAUGGCACAGAAAUCUUCUACAAAGAUUACUCUCCAUCUUGCUUUGAGUCUGGAGAGCACAGGAAAUCCUGCCUUCUCAUGUGUCUUCAGCAGUGCAAGAGUGAACAUAUGUAACGGAUCUGAUCUGACUGCAGUUUUCCCAAAAUGCUCCUGUAAUUUUUCUAAUCAGCUACUAAAUACUGGAGUGUCUGCUACUGUUACUGUUGAGGAUCAGAAGAUCACAAAGAUGCUGAUGUUGACAAACUGCUCCAGUAUCACUGAUAAUUCACUAAAUGUUUCCUAUACACAGUGUGCGCAGUGUAUCUCAUCUGGGUGUCACUGGUCUUCUUCACCCCAGCGUUGUGAUUGGACACAUGCAAGUGGAUCACAGUUAAACAUUCAGGAUGCAUGUAAGGAUCUACACUCUGAGUACAAAGAGCCAGAGAUUCUCUCUUUAGAGCCCCACAAGGUUUCUUUUCAUGGCAGAAACAAUGUUUUACUAAGAGGAAGAAACCUGAACUCUGUCACCAAAAUCCGUAUUCAGGGGCAUCUGGACUGUAUUGUUAAAGAAUCUCCAGUGUUUGAUCGCUCCAGUGAUACUCUAAGCUUCCACAUUCCUCCCAGUGAAACUAAAGGAACAGAGAGAAUGUGUGUUGUUACCCCUGACGACCAUUGUCAUGGUAACAGCAUCAUCAUUUACAGUUCCCAGCCCAAAUGCACAGGAGUACAGCCUAGAAACAGCUGGAGAAGUGGUGGAAGGAAGAUUCAUGUUCAGGGGACCAAUAUGGAAUUUGUGGAGUCAGUUAUUGUUCAAUCUUCUAAUAAAGUGCUGGAAACCCAGUAUGACGCAAGCUCAGGGAGCAUGUGGGUUUAUUCUCCCCGUUAUGAAGGCAGUGAUCACUCUAACUUGUCACUGAAUGUUGGAAACUCCACUGUAGCCUGUGUGCAGGAUUUCUCUUACAAGCCUGAUCCAGUAUUCACUGGAUUCACUACAUUACAGGUGGCUCAUGAUCUACAGGUGAACAUAAAGAAAAAUGAAGAUGAGUUGAAUUUGAAUAUGAGUGAGGUGAAUGUGGCAGGUUUACGUGGAGAUGAGGGGUAUCAGUGUGUUGUAGAGAGGAUUGAAUCCAAUGCUGUUAUCUGUAAGAUUAAAGGUGAUCCUGGAGCAUUGGAUUCACUCAAUAUAAGCAUUGGUCAUUUUUAUGUUAAAAAAACCUUUGAGUCUCCAAGUGGUAUGAAGUAUUUUUCCAUCCUUGUCGUGUUGAUUGUGAUCAUAAUUCUGGGUGCUGUUGUCGGAGUCAUUGUUCAUCGAAAGAGCCAGAAACAAAUGAGUAAGAAAAUGAACGAUCAACUGGAAUUGAUGGAAAGCAACAUUAGAAGGGAUAUACGGCAAGGUUUUGUUGACUUGCAAACAGAAAAAUCGGACUUAAUUGAUAACGUUGGGGCCAUACCUUUUCUGGAUUAUAAACACUUUGCCUCAAGAAUCUUCUUUCCAGAGGCUGGUACUCUGGCAGCAGUCAUGAUCAGAGACAUUGGGGAGGACUCUGCGCAAACAACUGUCGAUGAGAAAUGUCUGGCUUUUGCUGAGCUGAUCAGAGAUAAGCAGUUUCUCAGUUGUUUUGUGCAUGCAUUAGAGGAACAGAAAAACUUCAGCAUUAAAGACAAAUGCACAGUGGCAUCUCUAUUGACUCUGGCUCUCCACGGAGACCUGCUUUAUCUCACAGAAAUAAUGGAGAAUCUUCUGCAGAGUCUGAUGGACCAAUCCAGCAAUGCAAAUCCCAAACUUCUCCUGCGCCGCACAGAGUCCAUAGUGGAGAAGCUCUUGACCAACUGGAUGUCCAUCUGUCUUUACGGCUUCCUCAGGGAAUCAGUAGGACAGCAGUUGUUCCUGCUGGUUUCAGCUUUGACUCAGCAGAUCUCUAAAGGCCCGGUGGAUUCGGUGACAGAAAAGGCUCUUUAUACACUCAGCGAAGAUUGGCUUCUCUGCCAAGUGCAGGACUUUGAGCCCCUGAAACUGAAGGUGGUGUUUGCCGUGGGCACUGGAGAAGAGAUCAGCGAAUCCUUAGAGGUCAUCGCGCUGACCUGCGACACAAUACAGCAAGUCAAGGAGAAAAUCUUACAGACAUUUCAGCGCAAGUUUGGUUUCCGCUACACGCAGCAGAUCAGGGAUAUAGAAAUCGAAUAUGAGAAGGAAGGAAAGUUUGUCAUGCUACAGGAAGUCGAUGACACCUCAAAAAUUCGAGGGCACGUUACCAUGUUAAACACUCUGAAACAUUAUCAGGUCGGCGAUGGAGCAUGUAUUAAAGUUAUUACACCAAAAAUUCAUGCCCCAUUGAAGACUCAAAACAGUGUAAAAGAUGAUGAGAACUUCUCUAUCAAGUACUUCCAUCUGGUUGAUCCAGAUAUUGACACGGACUUGAGCAACCACCCGGAGAAAAAAGCAUUAAAAAUCAAAGAGAUGUACCUCAUCAAGCUGCUCUCCACCAAAGUUGCAGUUCAUUCGUUUGUGGAGAAUCUGUUCAAGAGUAUCUGGGGUUUGCCUAAUAACAAAGCCCCACUGGCUGUCAAGUACUUUUUCGACUUCCUCGAUGCACAAGCAGACAGAAAAAAGAUUACAGAUCCAGACGUUCUGCACAUCUGGAAAACAAACAGCCUUCCGCUUCGUUUCUGGGUGAACAUCCUGAAGAACCCUGACUUUGUGUUCAGUGACAUGGAGAAGUCGCCUCAUCUGGACGGCUGUCUGUCCGUCAUCGCUCAGGCCUUCAUGGACUCCUUCUCUCUAGCGGACACACACCUGGACAAGCAUUCACCAACCAAUAAGCUACUCUACGGGAAAGACAUCCCUCAGUACAAACAAGAAGUGAAGUCAUACUACAAAUUAGUAAAGGACCAGACGUCUAUCAGCAGCCAAGAGUUAAAAACGUUCCUCCAACAGGAGUCAAAGAAACAUCAGAAUGAGUUCAAUGAAUCGGCAGCUCUGCGUGAGCUCUACAAGUACAUGCAGCGCUACUUCACUGAGAUUUCUCAGAAGCUGGAGCAAACAGACGCCCCAUCUAAUCUGAAAGAGAACAUGCACAGAGUCAAGGAGCUUUUUGACAACAUGAAGCGAAGUGGUUGGAACUGAACUCCCUCUUCAUGUUAUCCAAACGGGUAAUCACGCUGCGUUCUGUUUUCUUUUUAUGCACAAUAAACAGAAAUGAACUGGAAGCGUCUUCUUUUUAAAGACUGCCAUCACCAGCAGAGAACACACACAUUCACUUCUGUAUGUUGGCUGGAUGGUGUACGUGACAAUGUGAAUGUACUGUAUAUCCGUCAAUUACUGUAUAGAGUUUGAGAGAAGCUCGUCAUCUACUUAUUUUAGACUAAUACUGAGCUGUUUAUGGAACAUAUCACAAAUCUAUAAGUAUGCAAUGUGAUGCAAUUAGUUUUUUCAAUUUUUGAUGAUAUGUUAAAAUAAGAAGGUCUGCCUCCAAUCAUUUAUAACUCUGCUUAAGGUUAAACAUCUUUUGCAAAUGGACUAAAUAGUUAUUUUGCACACUGCUUACUUUUGUAACGGUCCUAGUCUGGACAAUACUAAUAAAAUGUGUGUGGUUUUUUGUGUGAAAA